AUGGAGGACGACUUCCACGUGGACGAGGAUUACAUCAAGCACCUGUCGGAGAAAUACAAGAACGCCGAGCACCCCCUCUUCAUGGAUGAGCUCCCAGCCAACAUCGAAGAAAAUGAAGACCUGCAUGCGCUCUACAAUUUAAUGAUAGACGAUGAAGACGAACUAAGUCUGGCCAAAAAUUUUAAACAAGUGGGAAACGAUUACUACAAGGAUGGAAUGAAAUAUUUUGAGGAUGCCAUAAUCAGCUACACCAAGGGCAUAGAUAUCCUCACGAAGCAUUGGGAGGAUAAGAAUCUGGAGAAGCGCAAUGCACAGAGGGGUAAACGGACAAAUGACAGCAACAGUUCCACCUCUGAGAGGAUCAAAAGUGACACUCAAAAUGUCCACUCAAAAUGGAUUAGCAACGGGAUAGGUACCACAAAUGGGGAGACCUCCGCCCGGGAGGAGGCAGUCAAAUCUGAAGUUAAGGAAGACUCCUCUUCUGAUAGGAAGGGCGCACAGAUAAGGAUACCAAAUGGGUUACAAAAUGAAGAUGGCCACCGUGAUGACCUCCGUAAUGGUCACCGCGAUCACCUCUGUGAUGACGAAAUAAGGGGCGUCCUGGCCGAUCUCCACUGCAACCGAGCAAUCGUCCACUACAAGAAGAAGCGCUACGUGAAAUGCCUGUGCGACUGCCGAAAGGCCUACGACUUCAAUAAGACAAAAUUCAAGAGCGUAUACUACAGCAUCCUGUGUUCCUACCACUUGGAAUUAUACAAAGAUGCACACAUGUACGUUAACCGAUUUGAAGACAUGACCAAAUCGAUUGAUCUGAAGAAGCAUAUCAAUUUGAACGAGUACGAAAAGAUCAAGAAAAUCAUUUUCAAAAAAUACGAAGACAUUUUAAAAAAAAAUAAAAUAUAUCAAGAUGAAAAAAGAAAAGCGAAGGAAAAGGAAAAAAACGUUGCCAAUCUUGUCCAAGAAAUUUUACACAAAAGGAACAUUCAGAUGGUUGAAAAUGUAUACCAGCAAACGAACAAUGUGAUCCCUGUGCUUUAUGUUGAUACCUCUAUGUACAUUCACCUUACCGUUUUCUUGCUAUAUUUCGAAUGGGGAAUCAUAGAAACGAUCGUAGACUUUGCGGAGAAUCAAUCCAUCAUGGAUCAUUACGAUAUUGUGAAGAAGAACAAAAACGACGAUCUCCUUUUCUGCUAUGUUGAAUUCCCCGAUGAUGUUUUUUUCAUGUUCCCUAGCAGCUCCUACAUUUGUGAUGUCCUCAACAAGGCCAAAUUAUUUUCCCCCAUUCUGUCCAUACACAUUAUCGAGAAUGAGGAGGCCAACCGACAAUUCAGGAGUGGGAAAAUGGUUAAGUCCAUUCCAUUGUGA